ACCAGCGCGCGCGGUGAGCUGAGCAGCAUGGCGUCGGUGGCGCUAAGCGAGGCCGAGAAGGUCUACAUCGUUCAUGGAGUGCAGGAAGACCUUCGGGUGGAUGGCCGUGGCUGUGAGGACUACCGGUGUGUUGAAGUGGAGACCGAUGUGGUGUCUAACACCAGUGGGUCUGCCAGAGUCAAGCUGGGUCACACAGACAUCUUGGUGGGAGUGAAAGCAGAAAUGGGGACACCGAAGCUGGAGAAACCGAAUGAAGGCUACCUGGAGUUCUUUGUUGACUGUUCAGCCAAUGCUACCCCAGAAUUCGAAGGGCGAGGAGGUGAUGACCUUGGCACAGAGAUUGCUAACACCCUCUACCGGAUAUUUAACAACAAGAGCAGCGUAGACCUGAGGUCCCUCUGCAUCAGUCCUCGGGAGCACUGCUGGGUUCUAUAUGUGGAUGUGCUGCUGCUGGAAUGUGGUGGGAAUUUGUUUGAUGCUAUUUCUAUUGCUGUAAAAGCUGCUCUCUUCAACACAAGGAUACCAAGGGUUCGUGUUCUAGAGGAUGAAGAGGGGGCAAAGGACAUUGAGCUGUCUGACGAUCCUUAUGACUGCAUCCGACUGAGUGUAGAGAAUGUCCCCUGCAUUGUCACCCUGUGCAAGAUUGGCUGCCGGCAUGUGGUAGAUGCCACACUUCAAGAGGAGGCCUGUUCCCUGGCCAGCUUGCUGGUGUCAGUGACCAGCAAGGGAGUAGUGACAUGCAUGAGGAAAGUGGGGAAAGGAAGCCUGGAUCCUGAGAGCAUCUUUGAGAUGAUGGAGGUCACUGCAGAGUCACCCACUCCCAAGACCAAGAAGGCUGCAAAUGCCAAGAAAGAUUUGGUAAGCCCAAAGAUGUUUGAGGAGCUCAAGAACAGGAUGGAUGUCCUGGCCCAGGAGGUGGCCCUGCUGAAGGAGAAGCAGGCCUUACAGACUGUGUGCCUGAAGGGCACCAAGGUGAACUUGAAGUGCCUCCUGGCCUUCACCCAACCGAAGACCUUCCAUGAGGCGAGCGAGGACUGCAUCUCGCAAGGGGGCACGCUGGGCACCCCGCAGUCAGAGCUAGAGAACGAGGCACUGUUCGAGUACGCGCGCCACAGCGUGGGCAGCGAUGCGGAAAUCUGGCUGGGCCUCAACGACAUGGCCGCGGAAGGCGCCUGGGUGGACAUGACCGGCGGCCUCCUGGCCUACAAGAACUGGGAGACGGAGAUCACGACACAACCGGACGGCGGCAAAGCCGAGAACUGCGCCGCCCUGUCUGGCGCAGCCAACGGCAAGUGGUUCGACAAGCGAUGCCGCGAUCAGUUGCCCUACAUCUGCCAGUUUGCCAUUGUGUAGUCCAGCCUCUACUAGCCCAGCCCCGAGCGGAGGGGCAGGGCCUGGGCCAGGGAGUGGUGUGAACCACAAAGAGGAGAAGGCUGUUGAAGGGUGGG